UUGCGUCGUUCCCGAAUUCCGUCACUGCAUCCGGCACGAUGGAGCGGAUCGACGCCCUGAAGGCCCGCAGGGGCAAGCUCGCCGACGACCCCUGCCUCAGGCGGCUCCGUAACCGGCGGCUCAUCGUCUCCCUCUAUCUCCAGGGCUUCCAGCCCGCCCACGACUGGAUGCUCCACGAGACGGAUUUGUUCAUGAGCGGCCGGCAUCUGCAGCAGCUGGUGGCCUGCGGCCAGUGGAGGCAAGCCCUCGACUACAUCCGGCGCUUCCUGCCGCCGGCCAUAGGGGGCGUCGAGGCCCGCACCCUCUGUCUCUUCCUCCACGCCUUCUGGGCCGUGGACAACGCCGCCGCCUGCUCGAUGGGCGCCCCCGUCACCACCGCUGCGUACAACCACGACGUCCGCAUCCUGACGACAGUGUGCGCUAGCAACGCCAAGCUCUCUUCCAUCCUCAACAAGAUACACCACUCGCCCAAAUUCAGGGCAUCCCUGGACUGGAGACUGGUAAGGGAGAAAGCAUCGCUGAUUGCUGAUGACUUGGCGCUUGAUUCUCCAGAGUUGAGACGCAGGUUGCUACUGCCCCAGGACUUGCUUCCCAUCGGUCCCUGUCAUCGAAGGCACCACUUGAAGAAACAAGCCCUGCGGCCAGCAUCAUCUGCUAUUGCCAAGUGGUAUCUCAACAGGAAGAAGAGUCUGCCUUCUUCAACCCCAGUUACCGGUUUGAACUCUGAGGGACAAAACCGGGUUGUGGAUCUUAUCGAGGAGUGUUUAAAAGCUGGUACAGUUGUGGAGCUCCAUCAAGGGCACCUACUUCAGUCAAGUGUGAUGGCAGGUGCUUUUAGUACUCCAUUCUCACAGACCAUGUUUGGUACGGCAGGUCCUACUAAAAACAGUGAAACUUCAUCCGUGACAAAUGCAGGUGAUUCAGUCUCACGGCCUGCUAAAAUCCCUUGGAUCAUAUCUGCCACAAAUGCAGGUUCUUUUAGUGCUCCAUCCUCACAGACCAUGCUUGAUACGACAGGUUCUACUAAAAACAUCGAGACUUCAUCAGUGACAAGUGCAGGUGCUCCAACUUUCACAGAUUUGCCUAAUUAUCUUCAUUGGAACCCAUCAGUUGCAAAUUCAGGUGAUUCAGUCUCACAGCCUGCUAAAAUUAGAAUCCCUUGGAUCAUAUCUGCCACAAAUGCAGACCCAGUCGAUCUAAGAGGGUGGCUGACAACUGCUGAGGAAGAUGAUCCCGAUAAAAAAGGCAACGGACUAAUAAAUUGUUAAUGCUUUGGAGCUAGCAUCUGAAACUGAAGCUGGUACUUGCGCCAUGAACUUGAUAGCCUGAUUGAGUCGGGCCUUGCUCGCUGUGCUGCUUCAAGUCGAUUAGUUGCAAUUGUGUUGAAGGAUAUCAUUAAGGAGGUGUAUGGAUUACAGAUUGGUAACGUCAAUGGUAAAGGAAUUAGAUCAUGCUGGUAACGGGGGCGUAAUGGAUAAAUCCAUGUUUUGUUUGGUUCAUGCCUGUAAAGGAAUCUAGUUAGACUUCAUGGUUGUUGCGGCCGGUGGCUGAAAAAGAGAGCAGACAAGGGAGAGGCCGGAGGAGGUCCAGCGACGACGGCGAACUGGCGGCGAUGCCUACCAAGCGACAGGGCCGCACCAAAGAGGCGGAGGGGAAGGCGCACAUCUGGUGACUUGCCGGCCAUCGGAGACGGGAAGAGCCGGCUCGAGCCUGGCGGCGCUGGGUUCUUUUGGGAGAGAGCAGAGGAGCACUCAGAUUUCUCCCUGAAACAAACAUCUCCUAGGUAUAAAUCAUAUUAAUGGUUCAUUCCUGGAAUCGAUCCCCUCUUUGUUUGGUCAAUUCUUGAUCAGCAAAGGAGUUCGCUCCCAUAUAAACAUAAGCAGGAUCACACACACACACACACACCCCAUUGAUGUUGGUGUUUUGGUACAUCAGCAUGUUUGAUUGUAUACACAUAUGAAAACGAAAU